CGAUAAGAAAUGUGAAGAAAUGCAUCAAAUCUAUAGGUACAGAAAGAGUGGUUUUGUGUUUAUUGAUAAAUCUAUUAUAACGGCUCUAAUCGAUGGAAAGAUUCAAGAAUUAUUGAAAGCGCCGAAAAUGAUUGAAAGAAAUUACGAGAAUUUCUUUGAUUACUAUACAGACGAACACCAAUUGACUCAUAAAACGAUUCAUUUAAGCGAUUAUAAGGAAUAUAAUUGCGAUACAAGUGAAGAAUUUCGUACAAAAUGCACAGAAUAUUUGGGGAAAAUGUUAGACAGAAUUAAACAACAUGUCGAUGUCGAAAAGGAUGAGUCGAAAUCAGCAAUGGUAAUCAAGACAAUCAAUAAAUUGAGUGCAGAAGUGGACAACCUACAGAAAGUCAACUCACAAUAUGUGGUGCAAUAUAUGGCCUGGUGGUUCGAUGACACAAGAUUUUACAUAAGAAUGGAGUUGUGUUCCGAUAGUCUACAGAAGAUUCUUAGACUUAAACCACAAGUAUUUGGUCGACAACCGGGAGAACCCAUGAAUUCAAUUGAGUUUUACAUUUCGUGUCAUAUAUUCAAAGAGAUCUUAGAGUGCGUCCAAUAUUUGCAUGAAUUGAAUCCACCGAUAAUUCAUAGGGAUCUUAAACCCGACAAUAUUUUGGUGGCACAAGAAGUGAAGAACAAUCGGUAUUUUAAAUUAUGUGACUUUGGUUUGUCGACAGUACACGACCGGGACUUCUAUACUAUGACUGGUCAACAAAGUGGUGCUCCUGUAUAUCAGGCGCCAGAAGUUACAAGUGGUAGGUUUGACCACAGAGUAGAUAUCUAUAGUCUCUUCAAAAUCGGUGAAAAACUAUUUGAUUUUAAUAUGAAUGAUAUUACUCCGCAAACGUAUUCAUCAGAUAAUGAAGUCUUAAACAAAUGUGUCAUUAAAUUACGGGAAGUAUUGGUUUCCAUGUCUUUGUCCCCCAAUUGGGAGGACAGACCCGAGUGUAAGGAUGUGUUGAAGACAUACCACGAGUGGGCUAUUGAUGAGAAAUAUGUGGCAAAAGAUUUGGUGUCUUUGAUUCCCAUUCUCUGGCAAAAUAUGAAACGACUAAAUAAUAGCGAGUUUUUCGUUAAAUAUUUUAUCGCCAACUUUGGGGACCUGGAUUAG